GCCAGACGACAUUACCGUCACCGGCGUCACCUACGCAGAGCCAAACGGGCUACGAGGACUGGUCCCGGAACUGGCGAAGGUCCUCGAAGGAUUUCCAAGUUGCUCCAAGUCGCAUGUAACUCCAGCUUUCCUGCCGCUGUAUCCUGAGAAUUCUAGGGAUCAUAAUCGCGAGGCGAAACGUAUCAACGGACUAUCCGUGUUCGUCGGAAGUAUAGAGCAUCAUUUGGAGACUAAAGAGAUCUCGCAGAGUACAGAUAAAUAUAGCGAUUGCAAAAGUUGGUGCAAAUCAAUUUGGAGCUCGACCAAGAGGAAACGCGUUCGUUCAGGGCCUGUCUUUUACAGGAAAGGAGAGAGGGUUCUGUUUAACUUUCAACAUUUCGUAAAACCAGAGAAGAUCGUUGAGGAGUACACUAGGGUCAACAUUUACAACAAGCCGCGUUUAGUCAAAAUUAACAAGAGAGAAUCGCCUGUACCGUCGAUAUCCGCGUCGUUCGUCCAUGAGAAACGCGUUCCAUUGGAAGUGGAUCCCCGUCGUAGCAAAUCUAAAUGUGAAAAGACGCGUGCGAACGUCGCCGAUGUUACUGAGGAAAGAAUACCCGGAUGGAGGUUAAAGAAAUCUGUGGAAACUGUGCCAAAGAGAACGACCAGAAGAAGGGUCCCGAAGAGGAUUUCUGCGACCCACAAUUUCGUCUACGAGUUCGAUCCGUUUGCCAAUUCCUCAUCACCUUCUAAUAACAGUAAUGCGAUAACCAGAGGACGCGAUGUAUCUAAUAUUGGCCUAGGAGAUUCAUCCGUGAAGAGUGCGGGCGAUAAACAAAAUUCUAGUAACGCGCAGAUCCAUGGGACCAUGCUGCCAAAAUUGAAUUCGCGCAACGACGUCGUUACAGAAAAACGAAAUCCCGUCGGCGAAAUUGACCGUGAGGUCGAGAAGGUGAAGUCCGAUUGGCGAACUCUGCGCACGGAGGGUCGAUGGAUCGAGGGGAAACAUUGUGCGAACGCGCGAACGAAGAAACUUUAUGACACCUUAGAGAGAAUGACGAAGGAAAUAGAUAAGAUACAGAGAUCCUAUUUGGCUCCGAAAUCAAAUGAAUUUUUACAUCGGAGUGCGGUGAAAACAUUGGAUCGUCCUCGGAUAAGUUUCGAAGAAAAAGUCGAAAAAAUCAAAGACACGCUGUUUCCUAAGGCACCCGAAAAAAUAGUCGAUGAAGCUUUCAAAAACGUAUCGAGUGACCAUUUGAAAAACGAUCUACCGCAUGAAAUUUCGUCGAAAGACGUACACAGCAUAAGAAAAUCGAACAAGAAGUCUUAUAUUUCCGAUGUGCAAGUGGCAAGCGGGAAACGUUGUACGAAAUCGGCUGGUAGUCAGUUAGAAGAUGCAAACGCGAUCGAUCGAAUAAAUAAAAAGAAAAUUAAUGCCGACGUUGAGCAAUAUUUGGAGAAAUAUAUUAACGAGGCGGAGAAGAAUUUGGUGAACGGGAAGAAGAAGUCGAAGAUGAAGGAGUUGGAUAUAUCCUCGAAAGACGUGGCGAGCAUGUUGAAGAAAUUGAAUAUAAAUCCGUAUGAUAUCCAAUACGAGAUCAUGGAGGACCAGGGAGAAGAAAAUUUUUCUUUACCCAGUGCAGAAAGAUUAAGGAGCGGGAGGAAACAAAAUUGUCCGCGAGUAAUCGUCGAUCGAAAAAUAGGAAACGUAACGGUAAACGAAAAGGACGAACAGUCGAUGUUGCGUAAAAACAAGAGAAAUUCCGAUACGUCGAUUCAAACGACCACCAAGACCAACUACGAAGAAAAUGCUUUCAUAGAGAUGGGUUUGCGUACCCUGGGCAACGAUAUUUCACGGAACGCAAUGUCGCGCGUGCUUCAGUCAGAGUUUCUAAAAAAAGACGUUUCGUUGAAGCCUAUGUAAAACAUUAAAUAUCGACACGGAAAUGG